AGAGCUGGGGAGAGUGAGAGAGAGAGAGAAGGCUUUAUGUGUGCGUGUCUCUGUGAGAGAGAGAGAGAAAGAGAGAGAGAGAGAGCAAGAGAGAGAAAGAGAGAGAGAGAAAGAGAGAGAGAGGCAGCUGGAGUCUCACACAACUGUAGUCAGUCUUGGAAUCCGAGCGCUGCCAAGAGGCGAACACUGAAGCCAGCGCUGCACUUCCAUGAGGAUGACAUGCUCUCAGAAGAGCACAGGACGCUGAUUUGUUAAGGGAAUCAAAGGAGGAUCAAAGGCGAUUCUACAAUGUCAGGGUUGCUGAUGUUGCCAUCUACAUCGCUUUCAAUUCAGCGCUGCCUCGCCUUCUUAGCUUAUUCAUAAGGAGUCGCUGUCAUCGUGACGAUCGAUUGGCUGCAAUGAUAAUGAAUCACUUCCUCUGGCUGCUUCCACUGGUCUUUCCGCACCUGAGCUCCCCAGUCAUACUGCUAGAGAGGAAUGAUGGGAAUCUCUUUCACAACUGGAGCUAUCAGAUGAAAGGAGAUAAAAUGGUGCUGCACAGAUCCAAAAGGGACUGGAUGUGGAGGCAGUUCUUCCUGUCGGAGGAAUACAUGGGAAAUAACAAUCAGUAUGUCGGCAAGCUUCGCUCAGACAAAGACCGAGGAGACGGCACUGCCAGAUACGUUCUCUCUGGGGAAGGAGCAGGCACAGUUUUUCGUAUCGAUGAGAAGUCUGGGGAUUUACAUGCUACACAGAGACUGGACAGAGAGGAAAAGUCCUCUUACACACUGCAGGCCCAGGCUUUCAACAGGAUCACGGGCCUCCCUUUGGAGCCUGCCACUGAAUUCAUUGUCAAGAUACAUGACAUCAAUGACAACGAGCCCAAAUUUACCAGGGCUGUCUACGCUGCCAGUGUACCUGAAAUGUCAGACGUCGGUACUUUUGUAAUAGAAGUCAAUGCCACUGACGCAGAUGAUGCCACAUAUGGAAACAGUGCUAAACUUGUGUACAGCAUCCUGCAAGGGCAGCCCUAUUUCUCUGUGGAGCCCGAGACAGGAAUUGUCAGAAUAGCUCUUCCCAAUAUGGACCGGGAAGUGCGAAAGGAUUAUCAGGUGGUCAUACAAGCCAAGGACAUGGCAGGGCAGAUGGGUGGUCUGUCUGGAACCACUAUGGUCAACGUCACCCUUACAGAUGUCAACGACAGUCCGCCUCGUUUUGCUUACAGUUCUUACCACCUAAGCACUUAUGAGUCGGCAGAAAUCGGAUCAACUGUGGGCCGAAUCAAAGCCAAUGAUGGCGACGAAGGAGAAAAUGCUGAGAUGAAAUACAGAAUGUCUGAUGGAGAUGGGAAAGAAUAUCUGGAUAUAAUAACAGAUGAGAUUUCCCAAGAGGGUGUCAUCGUUAUUAAAAAGAAAUUGGACUACGAAACCAAACGCGUUUACACUGUGAAAGUGGAGGUCUCCAACACACACCAGGACCCCAAUUUCUUUCAUCUGGGCCCUUUCUCAGACACUGCCAUUGUGAAAGUCACUGCCAGAGAUGUAGAUGAGCCUCCAGUCUUCAGCAGGACUCAGUACGUCUUUGAAGUCAAUGAGGACACACCGAAAGGAACAGUAAUUGGAACUGUUACAGCCCGUGACCCCGAUGCCACAGAUUACCCAAUCCUAUAUGCAAUAGAUCAGCACACAGACCCGGAGAGACUCUACCACAUCGACCCCAAGAAUGGAUCCAUCACAAUUCUUAAGUCUCUUGACAGGGAGGUGUCAAAGUGGCACAAUAUCUCAGUUCUGGCCAGUGAGAUGAAUAACCCUCACCAAAGGAGCCGUGUUCCUGUCUUGAUAAAGGUUUUGGAUGUGAAUGACAAUGCGCCAGAGUUUGCCAUGAUUUACGAGACGUUUGUUUGUGAGAAUUUCAAAGCCGGAGAGCUCAUACAGACUAUCAGCGCCAUUGACACAGACGAUCCUCUUGUGGGCCACAAAUUUGUAUUCAGCUUGAGUUCGUUGAAUCCAAACUUUACCAUCUUUGAUAAUGAAGAUAACACAGCCAGAAUCCUGACCAGAAGAAGUGGAUUUAACAGGCGUGAAAUGAGUGUCUACUAUCUGCCAGUAGUUAUCUCCGACAGCGACUACCCCAUCCAGAGCAGCACCAGCACAUUGACCAUUCGUGUGUGCAGCUGCGAUGCCACCGGCACAAUGCGUUCCUGCAGUGUUGAUGCGUUGCUGCUCUCUGCUGGACUCAGCACUGGAGCGCUGGUGGCCAUACUGCUCUGCAUCCUUAUCCUGCUUAUGAUUGUGGUGCUGUUCUCGGCUCUGAAGAAACAGAGGAGAAAGGAACCCCUUAUCAUCUCGAAGGAGGACGUCCGGGACAAUGUGGUCAGCUACAACGAUGAGGGCGGUGGCGAGGAAGACACGCAGGCCUUCGACAUCGGCACACUGCGCCACCCGGAGGUCAUCGAAAGCAACAAACUGCGGCGCGACAUCAUUCCAGAGAUGCUGUUUCCCUACCAUAGACCUUCACCCAUGAAGGAGUGCGCAGACGUCAGGGACUUCAUUAUCAGCAGACUGCAAGAAAACGACACAGACCCUUUCGCCCCGCCUUAUGAUUCGCUCGCAACUUACGCUUAUGAGGGAAACGGAUCAAUCGCUGAGUCACUGAGCUCUCUGGAGUCAUCUCUCACUGAGGGAGACCAUGAAUAUGAUUACCUUUCUAACUGGGGCCCGCAGUUUAAGAAGCUCGCCGACAUGUACAUUGGAAAGGAUACAGGAAUCGCCAACUAG